UGUGAGCCGGGCAAGGCAUUCUGUGACUUCUCUGUUGCUUUUUUGGCUAUAUUUGCUCACCAGCAGAAGGCUCCCUCAGAACCGGCCGGUCUUCAUUGCCUGAUUAGCGAUGAGCAGGCACCAAGCUUUGACAGCCACAGAGGGCACCCGGGGAAGAAGCCAGGACCCUCCAGAGGAAGUUGCAUCAUCAUCCCCAGCACCCUGCCACAGGCUAAGCAUUCACCAGGUUUCUUACACUGUCAGCAAGCAUGUUGGACCUUGGUGGGAUAUUGGUUCAUAUUGGAAAAAAUGGAGCAGACAGAUCCUCAAAGACGUCUCUUUGUAUGUUGAGAGUGGGCAGAUCCUGGGGAUUUUAGGAAGCUCUGGCUCUGGAAAAACAACUUUGCUAGAUGCCAUUUCUGGAAGACUAAGACGCAAAGGAACCUUCCUUGGAGAAGUAUGUGUGAAUGGGAAGCAGUUGAAAAGAGAGCAAUUUCAAGAUUGCUUCUCCUAUGCCCUACAGAAUGAAACCUUGCUGAGUAACCUCACAGUACAAGAGACACUGUCCUAUACUGCACUACUGGCCAUUCGUGAGGGUUCCAAAGAUUUCUUCCAAAAAAGGGUGGAGGCAGUAAUGGCAGAGAUGAGUCUUAGCCAUAUUGCUAACAGGCUGAUCGGGAAACAAGCCUCGGGGGGACUUUCUAGUGGAGAAAGGCGCCUGGUCUCCAUUGCGGCCCAGCUUCUCCAGGAUCCCAAAGUGAUGCUGUUUGAUGAGCCAACCACAGGACUGGACUGCAUGACAGCAAACAGGAUUGUAGUUCUGCUCUCUGCUCUGGCCCGUAGAAAUCGGAUUGUGAUUCUCACCAUCCACCAGCCCCGCUCAGAGCUGUUCCAGCUGUUUGAUAAGAUUGCCAUAAUGAGCUGUGGAGAGUUGGUUUUCUGUGGGGCACCUGCGGAAAUGAUUGACUUCUUCAAUGACUGCGACUAUGCUUGUCCUGAGCACUCAAACCCGUUUGACUUUUAUAUGGAUCUGGCAUCAGUAGAUACCCAAAGUAAAGAACGUGAAGUAGGAACCUACAAGAGAGUGCAGUUGAUUGGAUCUGCCUAUAAAGCUUCAGUAAUUUAUCAACAAACUUUAGAGAAUAUAAAACAAGUAAGACAUCUGAAAUCAUUGCCACCAGUUCCUUUUAAAACCAAGGAUUCUCCUGGAAGCCUCACCAAACUGGGAAUCCUCUUGAGGAAAAUAACAAAAAAUUUGCUGAGAAAUAAAAUGGCAGUGUCUGUGCGACUCAUUCAGAAUUUGAUCAUGGCUUUGCCCCUGAUGUUUUUUAUCCUUCGACUGAAGAAUGAUGUGCUAGCGGGCGCCACCCAGGACCGAGUGGGCCUUCUGUACACCUGUAUGGCAGGAUUACCAUACACUGGCAUGCUCAACGCUAUCACUUUCUUUCCCGCUUUACGGGCCGUUAGUGACCAAGAGAGCCAAGAUGGUUUAUAUCAGAAGUGGCAGAUGCUGUUGGCUUACAUCCUGCACAUUCUUCCCUUCAGUAUCCUCAGUGUGGUGAUUUUCAGCAGCGUGAUCUAUUGGAGCGUGGGCUUGUACCCCGAGGCGGCCAGAUUUGGAUAUUUCUCUGCUGCUGUCUUUGUCCCCCAUCUAGCUGGUGAACUUCUAACACUUGUGCUUCUUGGUGUGGUUCAGAACCCCAAUAUAGUCAACAGUGAAGUGGCAUUGCUAAGUAUCGCAGGUGUCCUUGUGGGGUCUGGAUUUUUGAGGAAUGCUAAUGAAAUGCCUGCUCCUUUAAAAAUCCUCGGUUACUUUACAUUUCAAAAAUAUGGCUCUGAGAUUCUAAUAGUCAAUGAGUUUUAUGGGCUGAAUUUCACUUGUGGUAGUUCAAAUGGAUCAGUAGGAAAUCCACUCUGUCUCUUCAAUCAAGGAAAUAUGUUCAUUGAAAGAACCUGUCCAGGUGCACCCGAGAGAUUCACAGCUAACUUUCUCAUUUUAUACGCAUUUAUCCCUGCACUUGUCUUUUUAGGAAUAAUUGUGUUCAAAGCACGAGAUUACCUGAUUAGUAGAUAGUGACAAAUGUCUCCGCUAAAAAAAAGAAAAUGGAAUUUCAACUUUUAGAUAAGUAAGAGUGGUUCAAAACCCGAAGCCUGAAAAUCUACAAUAUAAAUAUAUCUAACAAAUUUUCAAAUGAGAAUUCCAUGAAUUUCAUUCUUGAUGUCACUAGGGACCCUGGAGACUGUAAUACAACUAUCGUUACGUGGGCCUCUGACUGCUGGGAAGAGAGUUCCUGGCAGCCGUGAUUCUACCCCAUUAGGGUUUGCUGGGCAUAGAAACUCUGACUCUGCUGUUCUGUGAAAUGUAAAUAAAAAUAAUUCAUGGUGA